GUCUACUUUCAUCUUGUUCGCCAUCUUGUCCAUAGUUGUGCGCGUCGUCGCCGGUGGAAAAUAGUGCUUCAGUUAGCCACAAAGUCUUCGUAAAAACAUCAAGAAUGGUCGACACGAUCGAGAUGAGCCUAGACGAGAUAAUAAAGUCGAACAAGCCCCGCCGAGGUGGUCGGCGGGGCGGACGCGGCGGACCCCGCGGGGGCGGUCCGCCGAGACGAGGCACGUUCCGAAGAGCAGGCGGCGUCCAAAGGGGCCGAGGACGCGGAGGAAUAACGCGCCAGUACACCCGGGGAGAUGUGAACAGUGCUUGGAAGCACGAUCUGUUCGAGGGCUACGGCCCGCGCAAAGUCGCCGCGGCCAGGGCCGUGGUGCAGUCCAGCAUGGGCCCCACGAAGCUCAUGGUGGCGAAUUUAGACUUUGGAGUCUCCGACUCCGACAUCCAAGAACUCUUCGCUGAGUUCGGGCCGCUGAAAAGCGCCUCAGUGCAUUACGACCGGUCGGGGCGGUCGCUCGGUACGGCCGACGUGAUUUUCGAGCGGCGCAGUGACGCCAUUAAGGCCAUGAAACAGUACAACGGAGUGCCCCUGGACGGCAGGGCGAUGAAUAUUCAGAUUAUCACCUCGGAGAUACCCUCGCCGGUGAGGAGGGGCAUCGGCGAGCGCAAGUUUAACAACAGGAGUCCGAGAGGGGCGCCCAAGGGACGACCGAACAGAGGUCGAGGAGGGGGGAGGAGUUUCAGGAAUCAAAAGAAGCAACCCACUGCCGAAGAACUCGACGCGGAGUUGGAUGCCUACACCAAGGAAAUGAAAUAAACAAGUGCUCUUAUCAGAGACGCUACGUGCGCGGUCCACUUUGUGAAAUGUGUUUUUUUUCAGUUUUAGUUUGUAAUUUUAUUGUAAUGAGCCUUACUUUUUAUAAAUCACUAGAGUAUUACGUAUGCGGUUCGUUUUUCACAACUAAACCUAGUACUAGGCUGUUUUCUUGUUAAUGUAAAUUGUAUUGAUAGGAAUAAAGACGUUUAAGUGUGACGCGACCUGUUCUUAAUCACGAUAUACACUAGUGCAAAAUAUGUAGUUUGGAUAAAAAACUUUGUUUAGUG